UCACCUUCCAUUUCAUUCUGAGAACUCUCACUUCCUUCCAUAUGGAAAACCACUUCCGCUUCCUCUGAGGAUAAUCCACCUGUCACUUCAAACCCUCCUCCCAUCUCCGGCAAUGGCCGCCGUUACUUCACUCUCCUUUCCGGCGAUCGGCCAAUCACCGGAGAGGAAGGGGUUCAAUGUCUCUUCAUCUCCUUUUGCUUGUCCUUUCUCAUCCACUUCAGAUGUGUUUCGCUUUCGCACCAGCUCCGCCUUCGAUUCUCUCCAUUUCCGCACUUCCCGCGCCCCAGUUCGCUGCAUGUCCGCCGAGGUGCUCACAGCUUCAGAGGUGCCCACCGUGGCAGAGACAAAAAGGAAUUUCUUAAUGUCUUACAGACGGCCGAUUCCGAGUGUGUAUGGUUCUGUGCUACAAGAACUGAUUGUGCAGCAGCAUUUGAUGAGGUACAAGAAAUCGUAUCAGUAUGAUCCCAUUUUUUCCCUCGGGUUUGUUACGGUAUAUGAUCGGCUCAUGGAAGGCUAUCCGACCGAGGAGGACAAAGAGGCUAUUUUCAGAGCUUAUAUCAAGGCAUUGAACGAGGAUCCUGAUCAGUACAGAAUUGAUGCACAAAAGUUAGAAGCGUGGGCGAGCAUCCAGAAUGCCAAUAAUCUUGUUGAGUUUUCAUCAAGGGAAGGAGAGGUUGAAAACAUCCUAAAAGACAUUUCAAAAAGAGCUGCCACAAAGGGCAGUUUUAGCUACAGUCGGUUCUUUGCAAUUGGACUCUUCCGCCUACUUGAGCUAGCAAAUGCAACGGAACCAACCAUCUUAGAGAAGCUUUGUGCUGCCUUGAAUGUGAACAAACAAAGUGUGGACAGGGAUCUUGAUGUUUAUCGCAAUUUACUCUCUAAGCUGGUCCAGGCUAAAGAGCUUAUGAAAGAAUAUGUGACCAGGGAGAAGAAAAAAAGGGAAGAAAGGGAAAGCCAGAAGCCUAAUGAAGCUGUAAAAAAAUGUUUGGGGAUAUACCCGAUUGCAGGCUGGUAAUUCAAAUCUCCUCUUGCGCCCCGGUUUGGACAUCAUUGACAUUCUCCUCCUGCUAACAAAAAAACACUGUUUAUCAAUGUUGUAUUAUGCUGUAAUAGAGUUUCCAUCUCCCAAAGCUCAGGCAACUUGCAAAUCUGCAUCAGUUUUUUUUUUAAAGCACAAUUCUGGAUAUUGUUUCAAAGAUGUGAUUGGAGAUUUAUCCCUCCUGUGUUAAUUGUUCCCCAUAUAAUGGUUACUAAUAUGCUCUUCUUGAAUAGCAUAAUACUUUUGUUCAAGGAAGUAAGAAACUCUCUUUGUUUGG